GAGCCCACAUUGGCUACUGCUGCCACAUCUAUUGGGCUCCAUCCCGCCCUGGACAAAGGCAUGCAGAUCACAACCACACAACUCAGAAAAACAGCCACAUGACCUGAAGUUACAUGCAGAAUUGGAUGCCAAGCCCCCAAACCCCUCACAUCCCCAGCCACGAGAGCAUCUGCAGCCAUAGCCUACCUAAGGGCUACCGACUAGGUGGGUCGGGCAAAGGCCUGGCCUGAUUGGUCACGGGGCCACUUAUUCCAUCAGCCAAUCAGAUGCCUGAGGUUUCCGUUGGUGCCGCCCACUUGCGGCUGGUCCUCGCGAUGGUGCUGGAGUUGUACCUGGACCUGCUUUCUCAGCCUUGCAGGGCAGUCUACAUCUUUGCCAAAAAGAACAACAUCCCUUUCAUGAUGAAGCCUGUUGAGAUGCUGAAAGGGCAACACUUCACUGAAGAAUUUAACAAGGUGAACAUCCUAAGAAAAGUGCCUGUCCUGAAGGAUGGAGAUUUCAUCCUAGAAGAGAGCACAGCCAUCCUUCUCUACCUGACCCGGAAAUACAACACUCCCAGCUACUGGUACCCGCCCGAUAUGAAAAAGCGAGCCCGUGUGGACGAGUACCUGGCCUGGCAGAUCAGCACCAUUCGGGCGGGUACAUCCAAAAUCCUCUGGCUCAAGGUGAGACCAGACCUCCUGUUCACUGGCGGUGCAGCCCCCUCCCCCCCACUGGCCCUGCAGAGCCUCCAAUGUCCCAGGAGGAGUAGAAGGGGAGGCCUGGUUCAGGGGGGGGGGGGCACUUGGGGAUGCUGCUUUUCCUACCAAAUCCACUGCAGGGGUGUUAAGAGUCAGAGACUGGGGGGGGGGUGUGCAUCCCCACAUAGAAGACAGGGAGCCACAGAGUGGCAGUGGAGAAGCAACCUAAGCUUGGAGAGUUGCAUGUGCCCCAGCCAGUUCGGCAAUGGCUGGCAACUCACAGAUAUAAUGAAGCCCAUGCGAAGGACACCCUUGGCAAUCAGAUCAUUUGGGGGUGUUACGUAUCCCCCCAAAACAUACACUCAUGGAGACGUGUCAGUGAGAGGACCGAGGCAGCAGGGGACCAUCUCCUGUUUACUCCUCCUGGCAGCAACUCCUCAGAUCUUCUGGCACUCUCCUCAGAACAAGGGAGACAGCAGCAAAGGAACCAAACAGCCAACCUGGCAAGAGCCUCCACAGGACCAGCCCUUGGGGCCCCCCAGGGAGCCCCAGUCCCAGCCCAGGUCUCCACACCCUCCCUUGGCACCUGCCUGGGAGAAGCUCAUCUCCUCUCCCUCUCUUCUGCAUGUCUCUGUGGGGCAGGUGGUGAUCCCGCUCUUUGUAGGCCAUCAAGUGUCCCCAGAGAAGCUCUAUGAAGCAAUGGAGGAACUGAAUCUCGCCAUCCAGAAGCUGGAGGACAAGUUCCUGCAGGACAAGCCAUUCCUCAUUGGCCCAGAGAUCUCCCUGGCCGACCUGGUGGCCAUCGUGGAGCUGAUGCAACCCUUGGGAGCUGGCUGCGACAUCCUUGUGGGUCGCCCCAAACUCCAGGAGUGGCGCAAAAGGGUGGAGCUGACGUUGGGGAAGGACCUCUUCAUGGAAGCCCACAACCGGAUCCUGAACCCCCAGGAAUUGAAGAGCAUCAUCAUUGAUCCACCCCUGAAAGCACAGAUGAAACCCCUGCUCUUGAAGAUGCUGAAAUAAACAUGGAAAUUUAUCAAUGGAGCUUUCCCCCUCCCUGUUCCAGCUCUUCUUGCAUCCUCUGCCCACCACCCCCAGCCAGCCCUGGUUUCAGGUUUGGCUUCCAAUGAUCCUUGCUCCAAGCCCCUUUCCUUAUUGCCUGGCUCACCUCAACCAGGGGAGGCACUGGAAUAAUUCUGGUUGGCAUAAGCAUAUUACCAUCUUCAUGGGGGUGGGGGGUGGGCUACUGAGCAACUCUCCCCAUUCCCAGCUACCCUGUGCAAGCCCAGAUUGUGAAUGAAGGCUGCAACACAGGUUCAGAAGGAAUCAAGUACUUUUGCCAACCAUGGAUACAUGUUAGAACUGCAGAUUAUUCAUCUUCAAUUGUCUAUUGUCCACAAUUCUUUAGGAAAUACAUAUUGUGGAAGCAUAAUAGAAUAAAAUCCAGUAAGGAAUAAGAUAAAAUAAUUGUCAAUAAUAUUAAAUAUAUCACAUGUGGAACAAGUAGCUCCCAAGUUCUAAUUCCAAAAGUUUUUCUUAACACUUGGGAAUGGAAGCCUCAACCGGCCUAGGAAGUCUCUCAGCAAGAGCCCCCACCAGCAGGCAAGAAACUCCUAUAUCUCAUGGGAUGGGGGAACAUCUGGAGGGUGCAGAGACCCUAAGACCAAGGCAGCUUUCAAGGGUUAGAGCUGUCCCGGGAAUGAACUGGUUUGAUCUUCCGUGUGAUCAGAUUGGCCAGAUCUCUGCUGAGCUGGUUUAGACAAACAGAGUUCUGUGGGCGUGGCUUGGUGGGCAUGGGAGGGGAAGGUUACUACAAAAUCCCCAUUCCCUCCA